CUUCUGUUCCCCAGCUGAAAUGUCAGUCUUCACUCUUCCAGGGCCUUCCCCCAGAACUUCAGGGUAUGUGUGACAAUUCAAACUUGUCACAUUCUCUUGCUAACAGGUUUCUUGUGGAACAGCAGAAGGGAAGGGACCUGUGUCUGUCUUCUUGUCCAGUGUCCUCAGGAAAAAGAAGUACUUGCUGAGGGGAUGCAGGGAGCGGGCCGGGCUUGAGUGAGCUCCCCCCUGAAUAAGCCACCCGUGUGACUUUGAGCCAGUCUCGCUCGCUCUCUGGGCCUCAACCUGCUCCACCCUGCCCCCAUCUCCCCGGCUUCGGGGAACUGGGCAAAUAAUGUCUCGUCCCCAGAAAUUAGGAGGAGGGACCCAGACCGACCCCCUUCCAGCUCAUUCACACUCUCCCUCAGUGAGUCCCUGGCGUCCGUCUUCAGCCUCCCACGGGCACCUCCUCCCAGCCGCACCCUGCCAGCCCCUCCCAGGUGCCCGUGGAGCCGCCAGCUCCCACAGCACCUCCGACCCCAGGCGGCACAACAUGGGGGCUCUAAGGCCCUGGGCCCGGUUCCCACUACUGGUUGUGGCCCACCUGCUGGCCCUGGGGAUUGGGGCUGCUGUGCUUCAGGCCCUGGAGGGGCCGCCAGCCCUCCGGCUCCAGGCCAAGCUCAGGACCGAGUUGGCCACUUUCCAGGCAGAAUAUGGGGCCUGCCUGCCACCUGGGGCGCUGGAGGAGCUGCUGGGCACCGCCCUGGCGGCCCAGGUACGCGGGGUCUCCAGCUGGGGCGAUGGCUCAGAGGCUGGGAACUGGGAUCUGCCCUCGGCCCUGCUCUUCACUGCCAGCAUCCUCACCACCACGGGUUAUGGCUGCAUGGCCCCGCUGUCGGCGGGCGGAAAGGCCUUCUGCGUGGUCUACGCGGCCCUGGGGCUGCCAGCCUCGUUAGCGCUCCUGGCCGCACUGCGCCGCUGCCUGCUGCCUCUGCUCAGCCGCCCAGGGGCCUGGGUAGCGGCCUACUGGCGGCCGGCCCCAGCCAGGGCCGCGUUGCUACGGGCAGCCGGACUGGGCCUGCUAGUGGCUGGCGCCUUCGUGCUGCUGCCAGCGCUGGUGCUGUGGGGCGUCCAGGGUGACUGCAGCCUGCUGGAGGCCAUCUACUUCUGCUUCAGCUCCCUCAGCACCAUCGGCCUGGGGGACCUGCUGCCGGGUCACGGCCGUGGCCUGCAUCCGGUGCUUUACCACCUGGGCCGGCUCGCACUUCUCGGUUACUUGCUCCUCGGGCUCCUGGCCAUGCUGCUGGCCGUGGAGACCUUCUCAGAGCUGCCACAGGUCCGCGCCGUGGUGAAGUUCUUUGGGUCCAGUGGCCCGCGGACGGCUGAAGACCAAAGCGGCAUCCUAGGCCAAGAUGAACUGGCCCUGAGCACCCUGCCAUCCUCGGCCGCAGCCCCAGAACAGACCCCAACUUGCUGAUGGGUGCGAGGUGAUGGGAGUUGAGCUCUGUUCUGGUGGACGAGCUUGAGGAGGAAGCCCCCAGUGAUGGGAGGGGAGGGUGUGAUUGUAAGGACCUCAGGCAAUAGUGGUUUGUUUUGUUUUGUUUUUUUAAAGAGAAAGGCAAUA